AAAAAAGAUGGACGACACAAGUGUCUGUACUCCGCUAACUGCGGAGUCAGACGCUUCAAAUAACACUACCAGUUCCCCUAACGCGGCUUCUCUCACAGAUGCUGACAAAGUAAUAAACACUAAAACAGACAUUACCCAGGUUGAAGGAGACAAGAGUGAACCACUAAAGGGUCUCCUCACUGACGAGUACUGCCACGUGUGUGAAGCUGUGCUCUUGUUUGAAUCUCAGCGGCUGUCCCACUAUGAGGGAAAGAAGCAUGCUCAGAAAGUCAAGGUGUACCUGCAGGCCAAGAGAGCAGAGAAGAUGAACAAAGAGUCUACAGGACCUCAGUGGACCAUAACUACGGAUAAAGACCGUUUCUGUGAGCUGUGUAAUAUGGUGUUCAGUUCCCACGUGGUGGCAAGAUCACACUAUGAAGGCAAAGUCCAUACAAAAAACCUUCGGAAACAAGGCCUUCACCUACCAGAAAGAAACACAGAGGUGCAUACUUUGCCGAGCCUCGCUCAGGAUCCUGAUCAUUCUGAGCAGAAGUCGUCCCCAGAGGGUGGUACGGAGCAUCUUCUGGACCCAGCAGCCACCACGGCUACUACAAGCACAGAGGUGGAUCUAAAGGACCCUAACAAAUACUGUGCCCUCUGUGCUGCCUCCUUCAACAAUCCCCAGAUGGCCUUGCAGCACUACAAUGGACGCAAACACCAGAGGAAUCAGGCCAGACAGGAGCUGCUCAAAGAGCUGGGAGACGACGCACAACAAGCUGACUCCCUGAUGUGUCACAUGUGUAGUCUGCAGUUUAACUCUGUGGAGAUGUACCAGGCCCACAUGCAGGGAAACAAACACCAGAUCCGGGAGAAGAAGGUUGUUGACCUGUGCAAAUCCCAACAAAAAGUCUACAGCACGUUUGCAGAUGAACUGGCAGAUUACAUUCAGGUGCAGAAGGCUCGUGGAGUCAAGACCAGUCAAGUCCUCCCUCAGGGCGAUACACAGAAAGAAGGUGAAGAUGAUGAAGAAGAACAGGAAGGAAUAAAUGAGGGGGGCAUGAUAGAACCGAAUAAACUUAUGCACAACCCUCCUCCCACUUCCAACCCUCCUCAUCCCUCCCGCCCUGGUUGUUACUACCCAACUGAAACGUGGCAUCCCUCAUAUCAGGGCCCGCCCUGGGCAUCCCAUGGCUGGAACUACAACUACCCUCCCCCAGUCCUCCCACACUCAGGUUCUCCACAGUUAGCCAGUCGGCCCAUAAAGAGAAGGAAGCACAAAAAACAGUCAAGCUCCUCAUCAUAUUCUACCUCGUCAUCAGACUCCUCCUCAUUUUCCUCCAGCAGCAGUAGCACAAGUGACAGUGAUGACAGUGAAUACAGGCGCAGAGAAAACAGGAGGAUUAGAAGAUCCAGGAGGGAAAGAGGCGGGAGGGGAAGAGAUGUGGAGUCUGACAAGGAGGAGAGCAGGAGGAGGAAACGCCGGAGGAGGGAAAGAGACAACGCCUCAGAAGAGAGGAGAAGAGAGCAGUCUGUGGAGUCAGAGGAGGAGGAGGGGAGGAGGAAAAAGCUCAAACAUCACGGCAAGCGGAGGCGAACAGAGAAAAAAUCCCCGGAAGAGAACUUUGAGGCAGAAAGUAGAGGAAGGGUGACGGACAAAUUGAAGCCAGAGGACGUGACGGAGAAUAGAAAAGAGACUGAAUUACAUAUCCAGGCUGAAAUUAAUGUUGAGCAGCGGGAGGAUGAACAGGAUGAGCAAGCCAGACCCAAAUGUAGGAAAGAGAAGAAGAAGACGAAAGGCAAAGUAGACACAAGGACAGAGGAGGAGAAGCUUUGGGACGACUCCAUUCUGGGUUGUUAGACUCGGAAUAGACUGAACAUUUUAGAAUUAUUAUGAGCAUGACAUGGACAUUGAAAUGUCAGAUACUGUGCAUAUUAAAGUUAUUGAAGUAAACUUAAUAGCAGUUAAUUAAUGCAUUUUCAUGAUCUGCUCUGAUAGCCUCAAAGUGUUGUUUUCCAUUGGUGUGCUAGCUGGCUAGCCAUGUCAGUAUUUGUAAGGAAUGAAUGUACUCCCCUUUAAAUCAGUGUGUUUGGAGGAGUUUCAGUUUUACUUUUCACUACAACAUCUAAUAAUAUCUUUAACUAAAUUAAUGUAUACAGCUAAUUGUUGGCUGUAGUGUUUAGAUCUCUUAUGUUCUUGCCUUUUAUGUGAAACUAUCCUUAAGCCCUCUUAACAGCUUAACACAUGAGAUUGGUAAAUUAUUUCUAUUAUGAACGUGUGCUUUUGGUCAGGUUGUGAUCCCUUCAGCAGUCUGUGGUUGGCGCUGUUGAGCUUUAUUCAGCACAUCAGUGAAGCAAUUAAAAGCCCAUAGAUGUUGGAAA